AUGACACGACCUCCACAAAGACCCAUCAAACGACUGAUCGUCGCGAAUAGGGGAGAGAUAGCAACACGGAUCAUCUCUUCAGCCCGCGAACUUGACAUUGAGACGUUUGCAAUCUACGUAUCAGGCGACGACUCGCAUGCCGUCCGAGCAAACCAUGCGAUCAAGCUAUCGUCAGCUUCAUCCUUCAUGAGUAUUGAUGAUCUUGUCGGCAUCGUCAAAAAGCACCAAAUCGAUGCUGUACAUCCAGGAUAUGGCUUUCUGUCGGAGUCCGAAGACUUCUCGAAGAGAGUUUGGGAAGAAACUGGAGCCAUAGUUGUCGGUCCUGGAUGGGAUAUCUUGAGCAAUACUGGAGACAAACUCAAGGCGAGGCAGCUUGCUGAACAAUGCGACGUCCCAGUAUCUCCAGCACUCCAGCAGCCGACUAAUAAAGUCGAAGAUGUCCAACGCUUCGCAUCAGAAGUAGGCUUCCCAAUCAUGGUCAAAGCAGUAGACGGAGGCGGUGGUCGGGGUAUCCGUCUCAUUCGCAGCGAAGACCAGCUUGCCUCCUUAGUGAAAAGAGCAGUCGAAGAAAGCCCUUCCAGGCAAGUCUUUGCAGAGAAGGCUGCAGUCGAUGGCUUCCGGCAUGUCGAAGUACAGAUCAUCGGAGACGGUACUGGAAACGUGACGCAUCUCUGGGAACGAGAAUGCAGUAUCCAGAGAAGAUAUCAGAAGAUCAUUGAGCUAGCACCCAGCGUUGUACCUGACCGCAAAUUGAUCGCGAAAGUCAUCGAGAACGCUCUGAAAAUGGCUAGACACAUUCAAUACUUCUCCCUCGGUACAUUCGAGUUCCUCGUGAACCCAUCAACGAAAGAGUAUUACUUCUUAGAAGUGAACCCUCGCUUACAAGUCGAGCACACGAUUACGGAGUCCAUCUCCAUGACCGACAUCGUCAAAGCACAGCUAUUACUCUGCCAGGGUGCUUCUCUGAUUGACUGCGGCCUACCAACAGCCGAACAAGAUCCAGAAGUGCCUCCUCCAGCGCAUUCAAUUCAACUGCGUAUCACAGCGGAGAAUGUUCAAAGCGAUUGGUCAUUGUCGAUUGGCAAGAUUACAUCUUCUCAGUUUCCUUUGGGUAACGGUAUCAGGAUCGACACACAUCUCAUCAGUGGCCGGCCCGCCGUGGUAUCCGCAGAUUUUGACAGUCUGAUCGCCAAGGUCAUCGUCACAGCUUCGUCGUGGAAAGAUGCCGUCCGCAAAGCGCAGCGAGCGUUGGAUGACACGCAAAUAGCAGGAGUAAAAACAAACAUUGACAUGUUGAAGGCCAUCGUUGCGCACCCAGACUUCCUGCAAGGACAAUGCGAUACGCAAUGGCUAGAAAGCAAACAAAACGAGCUCCUCCAAUCAAGCGAAACCAUCGCUUCAACCCAUACCAGCGCCCUCAGCUCAGACAUCGCGCCAUCCUCUUCGACAGCCUCAGUCACAGCAGCCAACACCCUCUUCCGAAAAGGCGACGCCUGGUCCAUUUCGAUCUCUACCCCCACCACAAAACCCAACGAGAAACCGCCAACCCACCACCUUGAACUAACCCGCGUCCUGCGCAACGACUUCCCCACCUCCCUCAGCGCAGAACUCCUUUUCACAACACCCUCAACAACUUCAUCUACCACACCCCAUACAACACCUUACACCAUUACUCUCUCUUCAACUUCUGCAAGUGCUUCAGCAGCAACCUCUCACCAUAGACGAGGGAACCCAUCUGAUCCGUCGCACAUCAGCAUCCCCUUCCCGGGCAAACUGGUAGAAGUGUUGGUCGACGAGGGUGACGUGGUGAAAGAAGGGGAUGUGAUAUGUGUGGUCCAACAGAUGAAGAUGGAACUAGAAGUACGCAGUCCACGCAGUGGGCGUGUGACGUGGGUUACGGAAGCGGAGGAUGGGGAGGAUGUGGCUGAGGGGGUAUUGGCUGCUAUUGUAGAAAGCUCACAGGAGACGCGUCUUUGA